GCGCACCUGAGAGAAUAUCCGCAAUGACCGCCAACACGCCUACCAUUACACGCCAUAGCACCUUCUCGACGGCAGCUCGGCUAUGGUCUGACUUUGGCGAUCAAUACAAUGACCCCUCUGGCGUAGCCUACACGAUGCCAAUUAUCCGACCUGCUCUGAAGACUUAUCUCUUUCCACUCUUCGAUGAGCUCCGAAGGGCGAGUGGCAACCGCGAGCCUCUUCAAGUCCUUGUUCUGGCUUGUGGCUCCGGUCCUGAGGUUGACGUCCUCGUUGACGGCUACGGUGACGAGCAAAUGAAGAUCCUCGCCACCGACUUUGCAGAGGGGAUGGUCAAGACCACACAGAAAAUGGUUCACAGCAAAGGGAAGAGCUCCAUGGUCGAGACCAAGGUCCUUGAUGCUACCAACAUGGACCUCCCUGACUCGUCAUUCGACGUGAUCCUUUUGUUUCUCGGACCGAUGCUGCUACCAGAUCCUCCUCGAGGUCUCGCCGAGAUUCGCCGCGUUUUGCGCCCUGGUGGUUUGUCUGCCUUCCUCACCCCACAGGAUUUCCAUCAGUACGACAUCAUUGAUGAAGCAAAGCACCUCAUCGUCCAAGCUCGGCCUAGUAAUUUAAGCGAAGAAGAGCGAUGGCGUGGAAUUCCUUUCAAGCGUUUCCGCGAUAGCCCGAUGAUGCGCACUUGGGGUCAAUUGUCUUUUGUCCAGGACAAAGUCGCCAAAGCCGGCUUUACCAGAGUGAAGGGCACUGUCGUUAAUGGCAUGAGCGUGAUUCAGCCGAAUGAGGUCGCCACCUUUCUCUCAUCCUUACUCCACAAUCCAGGCAUGCAGUUCAUCAAAGCGUCAUUUUCUGAGGAGGAGUGCAAGGCUUUCGAGUACCACCUUGGCAACAUAAUAAUCGAGAAAUGGCCACCACCGCAAGCCCCUCAACUUCGCUGCGGCGGAAAUCUUGUGUGGGGCUAUGAGCCUGUCGACCAGUAA